AUGGCGACACUGGCCACGAGUUCCUCAGGCCGCCAGCCGCCCUCAUCUCGUCUUCCCACGGAUUACGAGGAAGAAUCUGUCGCACCUGCGUCGACUCGCGAGGCGUACUGUGGAAAGGAGGGGUUUCCCAUUCCUGUCUCGCCCUCGACCUGUGGAGAAAACGGUCGGACCGCGCCUCUUGCGGGGUGGCCAGGCUCUCUGGCGUCUGCGUAUGGACGUCGAGUUGAAAAGACUGAAUCCGUGGCGUCUCUACUCGGUGGCUGCUCCGGUUACCCUGCCUCCCGCACCACGGACGGGCGCGAGGGCGAAACCUGGCGCAGCAAAAGGCUGAACCACGCGGACGCAGAAGUUUCUUCGCCGUCAAACCGACUGCUUUCCGGUCGCCACGACGCUGCAGGCGCUGGCGGGAGUCGAUACACCGGAAGAGAGUGCCAGGAAGCCGGUCUCGCCGACGACCCUUCAGCGUGUGCCUCGCUCUACCGACGCAGACAGCAAGCGCACCACAAUUUGUUCGGCGAGGACGAAGGAGAGACUCCCGUUACCUCGAUCACGGGCAACGUUCGAGGGAAAGGUAGAUUCGAGCCCUGUGAGGAGCAGCGUGGAGAGAAAUUCGAAAGAAGAGCGCGGCAAGACAUGGAACGCAGCAGUGUCCUCUCCAAGACGACUUCGACGACUGAGGCAUGGAGCUCGGGUAACGGGAAUUCCUUAGACUGUCACAAGACCGAGGUGCACUCGGACGAGAGUCGAGCGCCCGCAGGCGUCAGCUCCGAUGGCCCGAGAAGAGACGCUGAGGGGCUGCGUGACAGCGAAGAAGAGGGAAAAAGACUCGAAGACGCGAGUCGCACACUCGACGAAAAAAGACAGUGGCGAGCACACCAGGGUGGAGACGACGGCUACGCUCAGUCUGUGUGUAGCCGUGUGACAGCCUCGGGCGGGUCGUCGCCGGCGCGUCGUCCCGAUGUGGCCUCUCCAGGUGUACGUACACUCCAGGGAAACACGCCUGCGGCGCGCCUGGGAACGGGGGCGACGCCUUCCAGACUUGUACCUCCACCUCUCUCUCUUCCAGAUUACUGCGACACAGACACCGCGUCGCGUGGUUCUUACUCGCCUUCCGCUUUCCCCCAGUUUCCAGCUCCCGCGGGCAUUCCUCCUGGAAGCGGAAGAGACGAGGCAUCGGAACGAGCGCGUUCGUGCACGACAUGCUCCGUCUGCGAUGAGCUGCGACGCGGGUCUCCUGUUUCGCCUUCCGCCUACUCGUGCGCUCCCUCUGUCGCUUCCCACAUGUCUCCCUUUUCCCCGAAACGCGACGAGCGAAACACCCGCGUGAAACAAAUCGAAGCCUUGAGAAGCACUGGCAAUGUCCUACCCGUGUCGGAGGCCACCAGCGCCGCAGUCAAGGCCGCUGCGAUCGCGUCUCUGCGGGGGACAAGCAGACAGGCCCUGUGGGGCGAGGAGCCCGAGGAGAUUCUCGAGCGCGGCCGAGGCCGCUCGAAGAACGAGGAGCUGCCCUAUCCCCUCAACCAAAUGACUCGCCGACGCAUGCACGACGGCCCCGGAACAGGCGACGAAUUUCGGCCUUCUCAACAACCCACGCCGCGCCUGUUCCCGCAGGGAAUCCCGUGGCACAGCAGCGCCGCGAGUGUCCUGAGCUCCCGAGCCUCUCACAGCCAAUCGCACCCGCUCUCCGGCGCGCCGUCCUCUCCCUUUGCGGGAGAAGGCCCAAGUGUCUCUCGCGAGAUGACUGCGCGCGAGCGGUCUCUUGCCCAGUUCCACGGCACCGGCGAGAUCUUUGGCCGCGACUCGCGUCCCGACAGAAGUGGACUCUCCUCGCCCAGUAGCGUGCACACAACCGACGCUGCGCAGAUAGCUCGAGAGGAAACGGAACGUCGACGUGAACUUCAGCGCGAGAACCCGUGGUACUCGGACAUGUUCAACCGAGAGACGCCUGUCUCUUCUCGCGUCGCCACCACGCAGGGCGCUUGGGGAGACGCCGAGAGCGUCAGCGGGGCUUCUCGUGUGGGCAUUUCUAAAGGCGACACACUCGACAGGCAAACCUCAGAUCGCAGACGGACGCAGUUGCUGGAAUCAAAGACUGCCUACGAGAGAUUCGUCAACGCCAUGCAGUCGGAUGUCUUCCCGUCUGGGGAUCCCUCGGCGGCUGCUCAGCGGCAUCUCGAGCGCGCAGAACGGGCACGGACGUCUCUGCUAAAAGAGAAGCAUCAAGACCAGGAGCGGCGACAACGCCUUCUCGAGGCCGUUGAGACUGGAGGCGGCCGCAUGUUCCACUCCGUCACGGGAGAGGAGACAAACCUCCCCGGAGCUGGCUGCGAGAAGGUUCACAGAGAGGCGGCGCAGCUGCCCAGCAAGGUUGUCGAGCUCGACCUCUUCGGGAUCCGAGAGGACAUGACGGAGGAACGGAUUCGCGAGAUAUGUGCAGCGGGUGCCAAGCCUUCGCCAUCUCGCGGUUCUUUUCGCAUUUCUGCUUUGCCUCUGGGGGAGCAAACGCACUUCGAGGAAGCGAGAGACAGGAGACAGGAGAGCGACACGAGCCCGCGGCUGAAUUGCGUCAUGAAAGUUACUCUUGCCAGGGACUUGUUGACUAGCCAAUGCAAAGGCACCGGGAAAGUGACACUGCGGUGUCGCGAGGGCCAGGAUGAAGAAGAAGUCCUGCGUCGCCUGUACGCGGCAAACAUCGGCGUUCGCGUCAAGCAAGUGACUGUCGACAGGCCGCCUCAGCUUCCUGCCAAAAGCUUUGCGCAUCGACGGUGA